AUGGCAGAAAAAUUCUUGGCAAAAUAUUUCCCUCUCGCGAAAACUGCCAAAAUGAGGAACGAUAUCUCUUCCUUCUAUCAGUUGGAGUCAGAGACAUUAUACGAUACGUGGGAGAGGUUCAAAGAAUUGUUGCGGAAAUGCCCACAUCAUAGGAUUCCGAACUGGCUUCAAGUGCAGACCUUCUACAAUGGAUUAAACCCAGCCACAAGACAAAUGAUAGAUGCUGCAGCUGGGGGCACUUUGAAUAGCAAGACACCAAGGGCUGCACAAGAAUUAUUUGAAGAAAUGGCAAUGAACAGCUAUCAGUGGAGCUUAACUCGAUCCAAACCUGCGAAAUCUACGGGGAUCUAUAGUCUUGAUGCAGUAACAUCCUUGGCAAUGCAAGUGGAAGCCUUAGGGAAGAAGAUUGAUGGUCUAUCUGUUAACCAUCAAGUUGCUCCGGUAAUGAGAUGUGAUAUUUGUGGAGGAGGCCACCCUAAUCAUGAGUGUCGAGCUACUCAGGAAGAACAUGCCAAUGUGAUAGGAAACAGACCACCGUACCAAAAUUACAAUGGCAUGAAUAAUCCGGGUUGGAGGAACUAUGCAAACCAACCAUGGAACAACAACCAACAGCCAAUGCGGAACAACACACUCCCAGGAUUUCAACAAGCUUCACAUCCACCACCACUCCCAGCUGAAAAGAAGUCAAACCUUGAGGAGUUGAUGACCAAAUUCAUUCAAACCUCAGAAUCUCGGUUCCAAUCCACCGAGACAGCAUUAAGAAAUCAACAAGCAUCCAUCCAUAAUCUGGAAAAUCAGUUGGGUCAAAUCUCUAGACUCCUCUCGGAAAGACCCCAAGGGAGCCUACCUAGCAAUACUGAAACAAAUCCUAAGGAGCAGGUGAAGGCAGUAACAUUAAGAAGCGGCAAAAUAUUACAAGAAAAUGGAAAGCAAGAUGCAGAAAAAGCUACAAUUGAAGAGGAAGAUAAAGUUCAAGAGGAAACUGUAGAAAAACCACCUACAUUGAAAGAAUUCAUACCCCCACUUCCCUACCCAGCAAGAUUGAAGAAAGACAGGGACGAUGAACAAUUUGGUAAAUUUCUUUCUUUAUUUCGUCAGCUUCAUAUAAAUUUACCGUUUGUUGAUGCUUUAGCACAGAUGCCCAAAUAG